CUGAAAAUUAAUUUUUCAUGAUCAAGUAUUAAGUGGAACCGUCAGUCUCUCUUCAUUUUCUGGGGGGCCAUGCUGCUUUUGUAUGUCCUGUUGUUGCAUGCUUUGUCUUUUCUUGCAAUUCUAUUUGUGGGAACACAUGCAACAUGCACUCAAUGUUCUGUUGCUUGAAAUAUUCUCUGCCAUUUAUUUGCAUUUACUUGUGGUAUUUAAAGCUUUGGAUAGCCAAUGCAAUGGAGACUGGCAAAAAAGCUUUCAUGGGAACAUUUAUAGGGCAUAUUCUGCCUGCUUUGGCUUUAAUCUUCCUUGGAUUAUGGCACACCAUCAACACUAUCAGAGCCUAUUGCCUCAAAGGCUCUACUAACUUCAAUGUGAAGUUUUGGUACCCAUUUCAUGGCCCUCUUUCAAGACUCAAACACUUGGAGCUUAUCCUCAUCCUGUUUUUCUCUGUCUUUGCAAUUCUCAUGCAACUUUUAGAUUUCCCUUUCCUCCACUUAGCUUUCAAGCUUGACAACUUUGAACAUGCAACCAUGUUUCUCCAUCUUGCCAUAUUUGCAGGUUUCACACUUUGUACAGAGAUAACUCAUUCUUCUGAAAUCCUUUCUGUGAUUAGUGGAAUACUUGCGUCCUCUGUUUUUGGUCAAGAACUUUUCCUGCUCCAUUUCCACUCAACUGACCAUGUUGGACUUGAAGGUCAUUAUCAUUGGCUAUUGCAGCUCUCAGUGUUUGUGUCUUUUGUGUCAGCGUUAGCUGUGACUAGUUUUCCAUCCAGCUUUCCUGCAGCUCUUGUUCUUUCAAUUUCUGUUGUAUUCCAAGGGUGUUGGUUUAUGAUCAUGGGGUUUGUACUAUGGAUUCCUGGAUUUAUACCCAAGGGUUGUGCCAUGCAGUUGCCUGAGGCCAGCAAUCAUGGCAUACAUGGAGCAGUCACCUGUGGAUCUAUUGAUGCAGACUUAAGGGCUAGGGCACUGGCCAAUUUGCAAUUCAGUUGGAUAUUAGCUGGAAUUUUGUUGUUCACUGGGUGUGUUUGCCUGAAAUUAGCUGGAAGAUGCACCUCAAGGGGCCAAUCAACUGAGUAUGAGCAACUCUGCAUUAGAGGUACAGAUGUUCCUAAAGCCAUUGAUGGCUUCAAGCAAGCUCUUCCCUGAGAUGUUUCAUUUUGUAGAAUAGGGCACUUUUAUGCCCAUUAUUAAUCCUUAUUAUUACUAGAUGUUAAACUUGUGGUCAAUGCUCAUCAAAUAUACUUCUAUUCCUGUGAAUUUUGACCUAUCACUAUUAAGCCCCCUGAUGCCAAGGAGAAAUUAGAAUUCUAUGGAUUCUCUUAUCAGAUAUAGAACCCUUGGGAACAACCUCUAUGUAUGGAAGUAUAUGCCAUGUACCUUUUGGAAUGGCUUAUAAGGCCUGGCUAAGAUUUCAUCCGUAUAUUUCUAAUUAAACUAUGAAGCCUGCAGUACUGUUGUUGUUAUCAUUGAUUUAACUUA